UAUCAGUUAUAAAGUACAUACUGACAUUCUCUAUAUUCGGUACUGUAAGUUAAAUACUGGAAUGAAUUUUGAUUUUCCAAUUUCUCACGAAAGUGUAUUUCGAAAUCAAAUAAAAAUAUAUUGAAAAGGUUGGGACCUGUAAACAUUUGUAUCUCCAAAACAUGUGUGUUGAAAAGAGUAACUUUUUAAAAGAGAAUCCCACGAUAAACGCAUUUUUUCUUGGAUCAUUUUCAGGGAGUAUUUCAGCAAUAUUACUUCAGCCACUUGAUGUAGUGAAAACUCGUUUGCAAAAUCCCUCGCAAGUGAUGAAAGGAUCUAGUGAAUAUCAAGGCAUGUCAGCUACUUUCCUAAAAAUCGUCCAAAAGGAACGGUUGAGGGGCUUGUGGAAGGGAACUAUACCAUCCCUAACAAGAUCAGUUCCUGGUGUUGGUUUGUAUUUCAGCUCUCUACAUUACAUGAGAACUCAAUUCUUGAAUGACAGAGUUGCAAAUCCAUUUGAAUCCAUAAUAAUGGGUAUAGUUGCCAGGAGUUUUGCUGAAGCAACUCUAAUGCCUAUUACUGUUAUCAAAACAAGGUUUGAAAGUGGAAUUUACGCGUACAAGACCAUUUUCUCUGCUCUCAAAGAAAUUGUCCACAAUGAAGGAAUAAAAGGAAUGGCCAGAGGGUUGACACCUUCUUUGUUCAGAGAUGCCCCAUUUUCUGGUUUAUACUUUAUGUUUUAUACGCAAUCCAAACUUGCAGUCCCUAAUGAAUGGAUGACAUCUGUUUAUGCCUCCCCCAUUCAUUUUUUAUGUGCCUGCACUGCUAGCUUUCUUGCAACUUUAGUAACACAACCUCCCGACAUCAUCAAGACCAAGAUGCAACUUCACCCAGAGAAAUUUCCUGGAAUUUGGCCUGCCAUCAAGUACAUCAAAUUCCAUUAUGGCUUUGCAGGUUUUUUCAAAGGAAUAUUUCCAAGAAUGCUACGGAGGGCUUUGGUUGCAGGAAUUUCUUGGACUGUGUAUGAAAGAUUCACUUGAAGGAUUGAAAACGGUCUAGUUUUGAGAUGAAGCUAGGCUAUUUCAGUUAUAAUUUUACAAUAACAUUCUAAAAACUGUGAUUUAUUGAUGAGUUGAUAUAACGUUUAUUUUUCCUAUGCCUAUUAAAAAGUAAAAAGUC